CAAACAGGCCCCGUAUUUUUUUUCUGAUUAGAUCGCUGCUUUACUCGAACUAGUUUCUCUCUGGUGGAGGCGCUUGAUAGUGAAUUGAAUGAUUGGGCGUAGCCUACUAGCCAUGGUGGUAUCACAGGGGAUGAGAAGAUUGAUGGGGCGGAGAAGAGCAUUCCCAAGCAAAUUCCAGACGAACAAGAAUAUUUAUAAUACAGCAACAAUAUCAACUAAUCAUGCCACUUGUUUUUCCACUUUCGGAUGUCUAACCGCAAAAGAAAGAUGUGAUUUUGAGAAAGACAAGAGAAUUGAAAAAGGAGAUUUUGUUGAUUUAUCAACACUUCUUUUCACCGCCAACAGAGAUUACCUAAUUAAAUACAAUCACCCCCAACUGGUUACGGCGGAGCAAUUGGCAGGAAAGGUUAUCGGUAUAUACUUUCAGCCACUACAUUCCCCUCCGCCUCAUGAUGAUAACGGUCACAGUAUAGCCUUAGUGGCCACGUAUAAUGAUUUGAAGGCUAACAACUGCUUUGAGGUUGUUUUGGUUGUUGUUGAUGAUGAUGUUACAAGCGAGCCUGGAAAAAUAUGUUUUAAUCCUUCUCUUCAAGGAAAAUUCCAAGAUAUAUAUUCUCACACUCCAUCAUGGCUUGCAAUUCCAUUCUCAGAUAUAACAUCUAGACAGUGUUUGAAAAGAAAAUUUGGUUUCUUUAGUAGAUAUCCUCAGGUGGUUCUCAUUGAUUCAGCAGGUAUGGUUUUGGACACUUCUCCUAGAAACCUAUUCCAGACAUAUGGAUCCGAGGCUUAUCCUUUCAGCGAUGAAAGAAUAUCAUUCUUGAAGGACAGAGAUAAAACAGCCUUUAGUCAACCCUCCUUGAAAGCACUUCUGGGCUCCUCAGAACGUGACUUUGUCAUCUCAAACAAAGGUUACAAGGUUCCAAUUUCCACUCUUGAAAAUAAGGUGGUUGCCUUAUUCUUUUAUGAGGAUGGUUAUUCGCCUGAUUUCUUUACAAGAAAACUUAAGAUGUAUUAUGAAGGAUUGAGAAAGAAUAAUGAAAAUUUUGAGGUUGUCCUACUCUACCUUUAUGACACAGAUCUAACUAUAAAUUCUACAAAUGAAGAAACAUUCUGGAAAACUUUUAAUACUAUGCCUUGGUUGGCUCUCCCAUAUAAAGACCUGGCUCUUAAGAAGUUGAGGCGGGUUUUUGGUUAUCCCUACGAGUAUUCCUACGAGGAGGAUGAACCUAACUUUUACCCUGCCCUUGUAAUUGUUGGGCCUCGUAACGAUAUCAUCGAGCCACGUUUAGCAAACAUGUUCAGGGGAUAUGAUGCAAACCUAUUCACGUAUGAGAAAUCUGAGAAGGCAGAGGGGGAGAGAGUUUGGGAACUGAAGUUGGACAUGCUAUGUAGUCCAGAUACCGUCUUCAAAAGAAUAGAUGGGUCCCAGGUUCAAUUCUCUCAACUUGCGGGGAAGAGAAUCAUAUUUUUGUUUGAGGGUGAUUACCCUGAAUAUGAUGGUGCCUUUUUCCGAAAUACUUUAAUAAAUAAGUAUAUGCAUAUGAAGGGCACUGCCGACGAGUUUGAAGUGAUAUAUUUUCCCAAUAGCAAAGAUAAGAACAGUAGGCGAGUUGCAUAUAUGCCAUGGUUCGUAUCAUGUUCAGUUGAGUUGUUACGCGGAUGUUCUGCUUUUCUUUCUGCCUUAGGUCAGUGCUGCAACCGAUAUCAGUCUUCUUUUCUUCUUGCCUUUGGCCGAGAUGGAAGUCUUGUAAGAAAGGCCAUAUGUCCUCAGUUCGGGGAUAAUUAUUUUCCCUUUUAUGCUGAUGAUGUCGAAGCAGAGGACUUUGAAUUAAGUUGUAGCAAAUUCUGCUGGGGCUACUGGGACACCCUUUAUAAGGGUUUACUGAUAGACUCAGUCAAACAGAAUAAUUUUACAGCGGGGGACCUCCUAUUUUGUGUUUAUCAUUACAAAUGUUGGGAUUAAUUUAGUGGACCUCCUAUUUUGUUUUAUUGUUACCAAUGGGCGCAUUAAUUUAGCUAGCAAUAUUGGCUAUCAUCCGUGCUACACGCAUGAUAAGUUUUAGUUCAUUUUCUGUAGUUGUAUUUGUUGCAUUUUGGUUUUUUAUUAAUGUGCCAACAAAUAAGGGUUUCGGGAGUAGUUGUUUGUAUUUUAUAGAUAUUGUGUUAUGUGAUGAGCCUACUUGAAGAUGCAUAAAUAAAACUGAAUAAGAGCAAGUUGUUGAA